CGGUUGUCAUGGUAACCAGACCUAGCACACACGUAUGUCGCUGUCAUCCACUGGUACAUAAAUAAAUAAAUAAAGACUGCAAUUAUUAUUUUGGCUGCCUUUUGGUCUCUUAGAACUGCAUAGCUGAUAAUAGCAGGAUGACCCAUGAAGCUCUUGGGUGAAGUGUUUAUUGUGGCCCUCUAUGCCAUAGGACUAUUUUCUUCAAUAACAAAGGCUGGAUUUGCCUGUCUCAGCAACCCAUGUAUUCAUGGAAUCUGCAUAGAUGACCUUAAUUUUCUUUGUUCCAGUUCUUAUACAUGCUAUUGUAUUGAUGGCUAUACUGGCAUACAGUGCCAAACAAAUUGGGAUGAGUGUUGGUCAAACCCUUGCAUAAAUGGAGGAACAUGCAUUGAUGGUGUUGCAUCAUACAACUGCACUUGUCCAGAUGGGUACAUGGGUGAACAGUGUGAAGAAAAUUUUGAUGAGUGUGAGUCAAAUCCUUGUCUGAACAAUGGUACAUGUGUAGAUGAAGUCAAUGGCUAUGUAUGUCAGUGUCUACCAGGCUACUCAGGAGUAAUGUGUGAAAUUGAUGAAGAGGUCUGCAAUACCACAGCAGAAACAAAUUGCUACAAUGGAGGACUCUGUAUUGAGGGACCUGGAAUAUCAUUCAGUUGUAUUUGCUCUCCAGGAUGGUCAGGUACAUUCUGUGAACUGCCUGUUGAUGAAUGUGCUUCUACACCUUGCCAGAAUGGGGCAGUAUGUGUCGAUCUGAAAGCAGAUUAUGCUUGUGCCUGUUUGUUUGGCUUUACUGGGAAAAACUGUGAAGUAAAACUUGUGCGAUGUGAAGACAAUCCAUGUGAAAAUGAUGCACUAUGUCUUAUUGAGAGUGGGGGAGCUGUGUGUUAUUGUGUUCCUGAUUUUCAUGGAAACAAGUGUCAGUAUCAGUAUGAUGAGUGUCAACUUGGACCAAGGUGCCUGAAUGGUGGUACGUGCCUAGAUGGUAUUGAUAAUUUCACUUGCUCUUGUCCACCCAAUCUUACUGGAAGAAUCUGUGAGUGCCUUAUAAUUUCACCUGGGCAUUUGAAUUGCUCAUUCAUAUUGCCAUCAACAAGUGAAUUUCCUACACAAACUGCAACUGUGGCUUCAACUGAAUAUUUGACUUCAGCAUUUUCUUCUGACAGAACUGUACCUAAAUCUACCACACUUGCUGAAGGAAAGGUUUCUCGCACUACAGCUCCAACAUUCACAGAGACAGUAUUACCUUCCUCAUCUACUUUUUCAUUUAUGGCAGGCACUAGUUCAACUCAUCCACCUUCUGAACCAAUAUCUUCAUAUUUUACAUCAUCAAGUGAAACAGUGGUGCCAGAUACUGAACUGAGUACAACUACUGCAAAACAUAUGUUUACAGAUGUUACAGUGUACCAAGAAAAGUCUUCCAAAAUUACACCACAGACUGAAAGUUCAACAUUGACAAGUACUGAAAUGUUAGGAACAAAUAUUACAACUGAGAAAUUAAAACCAGUAAGUGUUCAGACAUUGACUGUACCUUCAUAUACUGAAAUGGUUAGUGAAAUAACAACACUGCCUUCAGUUGAAGAGAAGUCAACUUUAAUACCACCAGAUUAUUAUACAAUGGGACCAUUUACAACAGAAAAAGUAACACUGCCACCUCCUUCAGGAGAAACAGAUGAAACAAAGAGCAUAUCUCUCACUUCUGUAGGUGUAGAAACAUUCAGUGAUGGUAUAUUUACAGUACUGCAAACUGUGAAGACUACUGCUCCAACUUCAGAUAUAAGUGCUUUAGAUACAACAGAAUUGGAAUAUACCACUGCCACUCAAGUUAUUCCAUCUGCUGAGACAGAAGUGUACACAUCAACUGCAAAAAUACCAGACUGCUCCAUUACUCCUUGUCUCCAUGGAGGAACUUGUACAUAUUUUGAAGGUGGGAGUCAGUGCAAAUGUAAGUCUGAGUGGACUGGGCCUCUAUGUGAAGUGUACACAGGAAAUGAUACAGUUGCAUUCAGAGAGCAUUCAUUCGUUACACACCACCUUAUUGAAAAAACAGGUGCCAAAAUUGAAGUCCAGGCACGAACACUAGUGCUGAGUGGUAUUCUGCUGCAUGCUCAACUCACAUCAAAUGUUUAUAUGGCUGUUUACAUUGAAGAUGGAUUACUCAAUUUCCAGUUCUCUUGUGGAGUUCAAACCAUGCUUUUCACAGAAGUCCGAAGUCUGGUUAACAAUGGAUAUGAUUUAAAAGUGCAAGCAAUGUGAAAAUUUGGAAAGGACAUUAAGCACUGCAAUGCAUACUUACGAAUUAAUGAUUCACUUGCAAUGAGUGGAGAACAGAUAGCUGCAACUUCUCAGAUUGGCAAAACAGUGAAUGUAUUGUACUUAGGAGGAUUCCCUGCAGACUUUUCUGAUCUCAGUGAAGUUCAGAUGAAAACUGGAUUCAUCGGCUGCAUUAUUGAUUUAAGUGUCAGGAAGUCGUUUCUGAAAGUUUUUAAUAAUGCUGAAGAUUAGAUGGGAAUUUCUGAAUGUGCAUCACUUGCAUGUUUGUCAAAUCCUUGUUAUGAUGGUGGAACAUGUGUAGAACAUAAUGAUGAGUGGAACUGUUUAUGUCCUUCAGGGUAUGUUGGGAAAGCUUGUGAGAAAUCAGUCUGUGAAGUAAAUCCUUGUCAAUUUGGUGCAACCUGUGUCAUAUUCCCCGGUAGUGGAUUCCUUUGUCUUUGCCCUCUGGGAAAACAUGGAAUUUUCUGUGAGCAUGACUUAGACAUUGGUCAGCCUUCUUUCUCUCCAUCAGUUUCUGGAUUUUCAUCAUACACUGCAUACCCUUUACCAGGAACUAUUCACCACAAUAUGGAGCUAAGAUUCCGUUUCAAACCAUCAAGCAUGGAACAGAUAGCACUAAUGAUUUUUGUUGGGCAAGAUGGUUCUCAUGAUGCUCAAUCUGAUCACCUUUCUGUGAGCUUCAUAAAAGGUUAUGUUGUUCUUACUUGGAAUCUUGGAUCAGGACCACGGAGAAUCUUCACACCACGUCCUGUCACUCAGCGAGCAAAAAGACCACAUUUUGUGAGUCUGGGUAGAUCAGGAAAACAUGCUUGGCUUCGUGUUGAUAACCUGAAGAAUGUUACCGGAACAUCUCCUGGUCACAUGACUCAGCUAAAUACACAUUCUCCAUUAUACAUCGGUGGCCAUGAAUCAGCAAAUUUUUCGUUGCUACCUCAUGAUCUACCAUUGCACAGUGGCUUCUCAGGUUGUCUUUUUGAUGUGGAGUUGAGGACAGGCAGAGUUUCAGUUCCACUUCAGAAGACAAGGACUGCCACUGGUAGAAGUGUUGGUCAAUGUGGAACCACAGAAUGUCAUGAACAUGCCUGUCAGAAUGGAGGUGCAUGCCUGCAUCAUGGUGCAUCUUUUGUGUGUCUUUGUGCAGAUGGGUGGUUUGGACCAGUAUGCGCGCAACAGUACAAUCCCUGUGAUUCAUCACAACACAAAUGCAGCUCUGGUGCAACAUGUGUACCACUCAUUAAUGGAUAUGAGUGUGAUUGCCCUUUUGGAAAAGUGGGCACUUACUGUGGAAGAAAUGAAACCCCAUCUGAUGUUCACUUCUCUGGAAGACGGUCUUUUAUAUCUCUGCCUAUCAAAAAUCUGCAUGAAAAUGAAAUAUGUAUUGAACUAGAAAUUCGACCACUGGCUGACAGAGGACUCCUAUUGUUCAUAGGGCAGCCAGAUACAAACAGUUUCAUGUCACUUUCACUUCAGGGUGGAGUGCUUGAACUUCGAAUUCUCCCCGUAGGUGGUCAGUCAAGGAAACGCAGUGAAACUAUUGUUAUACGAAGUGGAAGAGUCCUAGCCCCAAAAGAAUGGCAUCAAGUUCUUGCUUGGAGAUAUGGUCGAAAGCUUUAUCUAAGAGUUGAUGGUAGUCUAAGCACUGGGACAAUGCAUGCUGGAGAAAGACUCCCAGCUCUUGGAAAGAUUCUAUAUUUAGAAAAACUGACAACCCAAAAAGACAAAUUCACAAAACUGAAGUCUCUACAAGUUUGUACAAAGACAGCAGAGUUCAGAUGUUACAGAGGCCUCACACUAAUGGCAGAUAAAAAGCUUCUCUCUUCUACAUUGCUGUCUUGCUCUAUUGCAUAUAUUUCAUCAGAAUAUAUUGAAUAUAUUUUAUUCAUUGCUGUUUACAAUGAAUUAUUAAAUUAUAUUACUAUAAUUUAUAACGAAGAUACAGAGGCUAUAAUGAGAUACUUGUUCAAGGGUAUGUUGCUAGUCAUCAGGUACAUAGUAGACAUUCACACUGCUGUUUGGUUUUCAGACAGAAGUAAUGUUCUUGGCUGGACUGUUUCUUCAGCUUUCUCUCUUAGAUCUAGAUGUGAUGUGUCACUGAUUAGCACAGAUGUGUUACCUUCCAAUUAUUUUCUUAUACAGUCACCUGACUUGAAGGUUCUUGAUACCAGAACAACAUCUCUGAAUAGACUCUUAGAACAGAACAGAAUAGAAUGGAAUGACAUUUCUCUUAAGCUUUAUUUCAACUGGCCAAAGCAGUCUGUAGAGUGUAAAAUUAGUUUGGCUUAUGUCAUAUUCAGAUUCUGCAUAGUGCCAAAACAGUCUGUAGAUAUGACUAUGUCUUUUACCUGUGAUGUUGGGCCCUGUUCUUCACUUGUUCUCCCACAAGCAGACAUUUUCUUCAGAGGUACUGGAGACCUGUCAAACUUGCCAAAUGCUGCAAUGGCUACAUUACCAGAACCAUUUACAGGCUGCAUAAGGAGAGUUUAUUUAAACUGGGAGAAAAUCCCAUUGGAUGAAAAGAAUAUGAUUGCAGCACGUAAUGUAGCUGACUGUGAUGGAACACCAUGUGGUGGUGAUGUAUGUGAACAUGGUGGGACUUGCUGGUUAGAUCCACACUCUCAACCUCGUUGCAGCUGCAAGAAGUUCUAUACAGGAGCAUUUUGUGAAAGUCAAUUAACAUGUACAGAAGACAGCUGUCAAAACAAUGGACGAUGCAUGAACAGAACUUCAGCAAUUGCAGAAUGUUCCUGUCCCCUUGGCUGGGGAGGAGCAACAUGUGAAGAAGGUUACUUUUUUUCUAAGUUUUCAUGUACUUUACCACAACAUAAAUCAAACUUCUCAAUUGACAGUACAUUUUUUUCUGUAGCUGUAAUGACCAUAUCGCCUCAUUUUGGAGGGAAUGGCUACCUUGUUGUUGAAGGAAGUGGGAAAAGUGCAAAACAGAAUGAACUCAGUGUGCAAACCAAAAUGGAAAUUGGUUACUUAUACAUAAAUUUUUCCACUAUUGAGUCAAAGGGAAUGAUUCUAUGGAGUUCAAUGGGACAAGAGUAUUUGGGUAUUGGCAUAGAAGAAGGACUGUUAAAGUUUGCAUGGGGACAUCCCACUACAAACCGUACACUGUUACUGGUCUCUGGUGGUGUAGCUGCUGAUGGCACCUGGCAUACUUUGGAGAUUGACCUUAGUCCAAGGAACAUCACUGUAUGGUUCGAUAGUCAGCUUAUUCAUUCUGAAACAGAAGAAGGUGAAGGCAGCAAAAAAUUUCUGAUUACAGAUGGAAUAUUCUAUCUGGGUGGAUUCCCUGGAGAAGAAUCUGUAACAGAAUUAUCAAAUGGAUUAUUUUCAUCACAUUUCAUAGGAUGUAUCAAAGAACUAGCAUGGAAUAAAAAUACCAGUGUCACUGAUUUCUCAGACUACCAGGGAGAAAAUGUUGGGAGCUGUGCUUCAAUACAAACAUAA